CAAUCACAGCUGCACCUCCAGCACUCGCUGCACUCUCUGCACUCUCUGGCACGUGGGGGAGACGGGAGGAGAGACUGCGAAGGGGAACCCAAGUGACAGCCGGAGACAGACGCAAGUCUCAGAGACACAGCAAGGAAGGAAUGAGAGAGCGCUAACUGCAAAAGAGCAACAGCAGGACACAGUGUGGAGGGGAAUUGAAUCGACUGACAGCAGGAGAGAGCGCAGAGGUGAAUCAGAGACAGAAGGAGAGAGAGUGAAGGAGGGAUAUCUGAAGAAGUGACAGUAGGAGAGAGCGCAGAACGGAUUCCAAGAGAGUGACAGCAGAAAAGAGUGCAGGGGGGGGAAUCAGAGUAGGGGAGUGUGACAGUAGGAGAGUGUAGAGAGGAAUCUUAGAGAGCGACAGCAGGAGAGAGUGCAGGGGGAAUCCGAGAGUAGAAGAGUGCAGGGGAAUCAGAGAGAGUGCAAGCAGAAGAGCGUGCAUAGGGGAAUUCUGUAGAGUGCCAGCAGGCGAGAGUGACAGCAGGCAAUUGUAACAGCAGGAGAGAGUGACAGCAGAAUCAGAGAGAGUGACAGUAGGAGAGAAUGCGGAGGGGAAUUCUAUAGAGUGACAACAGGAGAGAGUGCAGGAGAAUCAGAGAGAGUGACAGCAGGAGAGAGUGUAGAGUAGGAAGCAGAGGGAGUGACAGCAGCAGAGAAAGGGAGUGCACAGAGUAGGAGGAGAGAGCAGAGGGUGCAGGAGAGAGUGGGGACUGCCCUGGUGAGUCAGGAGAGAGAGAGGCUCAGGGAGAGUGACAGCCAGUGGCCCUAGAAUGCUGUAUCGAGACAGUCUGUAUUACACAGACAGGUAGAGGCAAGUAGGAGGUGAGACAGGGGUAGAAGGGGCAUUAGACAGGAGAGAGUUGCCAGCAGUUGGCAGCAGCAGUCGUCUCAUCUCAGGGGGCACCCGGGGGCACUAUGUCCUUUGCUAUGCUGCAUCAUGCCCCCCCGGGGCGCUUCCUAUACCCAGAGAUCUCUCGGCUGUCUGAUGAGGAGGAGGAGGAGAGUGCCAGCGACAGCUCGGGGUGUGAAGACAAGUCUUUCCUUCACUCGGCCGAGAGACUGGCCAAAAGGGCAGAGAAGAGGUGCCACCGACUCCAGCGGGAGCCCCGCCAGCGCCACACGGCCAACGCCCGCGAGAGAGACCGAACCAACAGCGUGAAUAGCGCCUUCACCGCUCUGCGCACCCUCAUCCCCACCGAACCCCAAGACCGAAAACUCUCCAAGAUCGAGACCCUGCGUCUGGCCUCCAGUUACAUCUCCCACCUGGGCAACGUCCUGCUCCUCGGGGACACGUGCGGGGACGGCCAACCCUGCCACAACCAAUAUUACCCACACUCCUCUGCUGCCAGCCCCAAGCACCCCGACAGCCAGCAACCCAAACUCAUCUGCACCUUCUGCCUCAGCACCCAGAGGAAAAUGGGUAAAGACAAAGAGAGGAAAACUGCUAUCCGAACCUAAGAGACACACACGUCAGUACAAUGGAGACCCCCUGAAGAGACCCCAAGAUCCAGCCUGAGCCAAUCACACUGCAGCGUACGGAGAAGGAAUUAGGGGAGCAGUGUUCCUCAAUAAGAUACAGCAGGAGACCAGCACCAGCUCAGACUUGCCUCUGGGAAGGGGAGAGAGGCAAAAAAAGCCCCAGAAUGAGAGGGGGGGAAACAGAAUACACCCCCCCCCCCAGAUUUGUGAGAUGAACAGUGACAUGAAAUGAGGGAAGAACAGACAUUCCUAGAGGGGGCGGAAAAGCAGAUUUUAAAAGAGGGAGGGAUAUAAAAUAGCAGAUAUAGGGGAGCCCCUAACUGAACCCCUAAUAGAUGCACUGAACCCCUAAUAGAUGCACCUCUAUGAUCCCCAAGGUUCUCACCAUAACAAAUGCCCCACAGGCAACCCCAAGACGUUCCCACGUGUUCCAAAGACGGGCAAGUCACAUGCCAACUUGUCAUACGACUCUGGAGUCUUAUUGCACCCCGACACCCCACGGAGUUGAACCCUGACUCACGGACACAGCACUUCCCUCUGGACCUACGACUUCUGCAAAUCCUCCAUCAUCAUUGUGCCUUCUGCUUCCCCACCCUGAACAUUGUACCCAAUACUCAACCCCCAGUACUGAACCCCAAAUACUGAACUCCCAGUACUGAACCCCAAAUACUCAACCCCAAAUACUGAACUCCCAGUACUGAACCCCAAAUACUCAACCCCCAGUACAAGGUGGGAGGGGGCCGGUGAGCAUUGGGACUGGACACUACCUCUUCAUUUCAACGUCAUUGGACCCGGGGGCCAGAGGUCUGUCUGCCCCUAAUUGUAUAUAUUGCCAUUAUUUAAAGACUUGUGUCGGCACAAAUGGUUUAAUAAAGAGAGAUAUGUUACUAUUCA